AUGCAUAUUUAAAAGAUUUCAAGAUCGAUCAUCAAUCGAAGUUGCUUUUCAACAUCCGCAGUAAAUGAAGGCACUUUUUUGGAUUAAGUGAUGGCUUAUUUCAAUAAGGCAUCUGGCCAUACAAAUAUAAGUCAAGAUAAAUUGGAGUAAGCCUCUUAUUUAAGGAUUUUAGCUUCUACAAGAGUACAGAUAUAGUGAUAAAAUUCAAUUUGCCACUAGUGAGAGAUGAUGGAACCUACGUUUGUGUAAUUUAAGAGAUUAAUUAUUAGGUGCCUGCAUACAGAGCUCAACACAAGACUUACAGAUUGCCAACAAAAGGAGGAACAAGAUUGAGUCCACACAUCAAUAUUGAGGAAGUAGAGGCAUUGUCAUUUUUGAUGACAUUAAAAAACUCUAUUUUAGAUUUACCAUAUGGUGGUGCUAAGGGUGGCAUCGGCAUCAACCCACGUAAAUUUUCAAAAAGAGAAAUUGAAACUUUGAUGAGGAGAUACACUUUGGAAUUGGCAAAGAAGAAUUUCAUUGGUGCAGCUAUUGAUGUACCAGGACCAGAUCUUGGAGUAAAUAUUUUUAGUAUAUAUCAGACUGGUGAAUAAGAAAUGAGUUGGAUGAAGGAUGCAUAUACUAAAUUCAAAGGACACUAGGACAUCAAUUCUGUGGGGUGUGUGACUGGUAAAGCAAUCAAUUAAGGAGGAAUCUCUGGCAGAUAGGAGUCAACAGGAAUGGGAGUAAGUUAUUGUAAUAGAAAUUAGAUAUUCUUUGCUACAAGGGAGAUCUUGAAUGAUGUGAAGUAUUGCCAAUCUGUGGGCAUUGAACCAAGUUUGAAGGGAAAAUCAAUAAUAAUUUAAGGAUUUGGAAAUGUAUAAUACUCAAAUUAAUAGUAAAGGUUGGUUCAUUCUGUGCUAAAUACAUGUACGAUUAUGGAGCCAAAAUAAUUGGAGUCGCUGAACACGAUGGAUCAAUUUAUAAUCCAAAUGGAAUCAACCCAUAUGAGUUGGCUGCUCAUAAGACUAAGACUGGAGGAGUCAAGGGAUUUGUUAAUGCUUAGAAGUAUUGGGAAGAUGAAUAGGCAAUCUAUUAAUAAUGCGACAUAUUCAUCCCAGCUGCUUUUGAGAAGACAGUUAAUGCUAACAAUGCUGAUAAAUUCAAUUGUAAGAUUAUAGCUGAAGGUGCCAAUGGACCAACUACUAUGGCUGCAGAGGACAAAUUGUUAGCAAAGGGUGUGAUAUUUUUACCAGACAUUUUGCUUAAUGCUGGUGGUGUUACAGUUAGUUAUCUUGAAUGGUUAAAGAACUUAAAGCACAUCAAUCCAGGAAGAAUGACAAGAAGAUGGGAAGAGUAAGCAAAACAUAGAAUUCUUGAAGUCAUCAAAAUGAGCACAGGUCUCAAUAUCAAUAUUAAGGAUAGUAAGCUUGCAAAAAAGAUGUUGGAAGGUCCAUCUGAAGUAUGUCUAUUAUUUAAAUUCUUUAGACUGAUCUGGUACAUACAGCUUUAGAGUAAUCCAUGAUAGAGGCAGUCAAAAAUAUUAUGGCUACAUCUCAAGAAUGCAAAGUCAAUUUAAGAUUGGCAGCUUAUAUUAGUGCAAUUAAUAAGUUAAAUGAACAUUUUGAAAUUUCAGGAGUUGAAGCAUGAUUGUUUUAUAUACACAAAUAUAUUCAUUAAAAUAA